AUGACAAGAAAAUUAAAAUAUCAUGAACAAAAACUUCUUAAAAAACAUAAUUUUUUAAAUUAUAAAAAAGAUGACAAUAAUCACAGAGAUAUAAAUGUUAUAAGACGCUAUAAUAUUGAAAAAAGAGAAGAUUAUAUAAAAUAUAAUCGAUUAGUUGGAUUAUUAAAAAAAAUAGCACAUAAGCUAUCUUUACUUGAUCCAAAUGAUCCUUUCGGAAUUUCUUAUAAAAAAAUGCUUUUAGAAAAACUUUUUGAUAUGGGACUUUUAAGUACUACAUCAAAACUUUCUGAUGUAGAGAAUAAGCUUACAGUAUCUUCAUUUUGCCGUAGAAGAUUACCUAUCGUUAUGUGUCGACUAAAAAUGUGCGAAACAGUUUCUACUGCUCUUAAAUAUGUUCAACAUGGUCAUGUUCGUGUAGGACCUGAUGUUAUUACAGAUCCAGCGUUUUUUGUGACUAGAAAUAUGGAAGAUUUUGUGACAUGGGUAGAUUCAAGUAAAAUCAAAAGAAAUAUUGCAAAAUAUAAUGAUAAGCUUGAUGAUUUUGAUUUACUUCAAAUAUAG